CCAUGUUUUCAUUGCUUGCUAAUGUUUGCUACGUAGGAGCCUCAGUCUGUAGCUGUCCAUGCUUCCUUCAUGACUGUCGGAAACACCGAAAUCUCAGUGUCAGUGUGUAAAAAAAGGCACAGAUAUUGGAUUUCCAAACCAGACUGGAGAAGUCGGCGUUUUCCCUACCCGAUCUGUCGAUACGUGACGUUUGGAGAUCGUUACUUAAAGGAAAAAGAUGCAAAAUGACGUGGCUGCCUUAACAGAAACGUGUUAAAUUAAUGUAUUUUAUUAUAUAUGUUAUUGUUCGCCAUCGUGUAAAUGUCUUUAACUUUUAGUUGCCGCGCAUCAUAAAUCACAAAGUUGCUUGUGCCACUUAUUUCUCCACCAACAAGUACCUAAACACGUUGGACGUCCUGUUUGCUAUUCGAAAAUAGGAGCUUACGAGCAGCACUGGAAGUUAGCACAGCAGAAGCGGGCGGUAGCUGUCGUACAGCCGCAGAAGGCAGCAGUCACCGCGGCCAGCUACGUUAGCGCACUGCUGCUAGUGGCUAACGCGGCCUUUGCGAGUACAUAAGCAAAAUAAUACACCGCAACAAGCGUACACCAUGGACGCUGAAAACGAGCGGACAGAACACCAGGAUAGUGAACAAGACGAAGAAGAGGAUGUGUACGAAGUGGAAAGGAUUAUUGACAUGCGGGUGGAAGAGGGGGAAGUGCUGUACAGAGUCCGCUGGAAGAAUUACUGCUCCGAUGAUGACACUUGGGAGCCCGAGGCCCAUUUGGAAGACUGUCGUGAGGUCCUCCUGUCCUUUAAGAAGACUGUGGCAGAGGCCAAGGCCAAGAAAGAGGCGGAAGCUAAGAAGAGCGUGAAAAUUCUGCCUACAAAGAGUGAUGUGUUUGAUGCAGACUCAGAGAGUGACAGCGACAAAGACCGUCCCAUGGAGAUGCCUGUCAAGAAGAAGAAAAAGAAAAGAACACAGGAAGAGGAAGAAGAACCUCCUCCGAAGGAGAAAAGAAAAAAGAAAAAGGACAAGCGUAAGGAAGAGUUAAGGCCUCUGCCAGCACCAGAGACCGAUGAAGAGGAAGAGAGAGCCCCUAGUCCACCCUCACCCCCCAAGGAGAAAAAGACUGAAUCAAAAAAAAGAGUUGUUGACUCCGAAGAGGAUGACGACGAGCCCGUUCCCCCCAAGAAACACAAGAAGGACAAGGGGAAGGAAGGAGGGAAGCAAAAGAAAGAAAGAGGAGAGGAGGGACGGAAAAAGAAAGGGAAGAAAGAGCGGAAGAUCGAGUCCUCUGAUGAUGAGGCCACCGCUCCCCUGGAGGAAGACCUGAGCGACGGCCCAUCCGAGUCUCACACAGAUGACACUGUGGCGAUGGAGACAGUCACAAAGUCCACAGAAAAGCCACGGUUGGACGAGAAGACCAAACAGAAGAAGGGGAAGACAGAGCUAAAGCUGCAGGGCAUAAAGGACUUAAUCCAGGACAAAAAGAGCAAAAAGCCCGAUGCCUCCAUGCCCCCCCAGAAAGACAGCAUCACCCAGAAACUCAAGAACUUCACCUCAAAGGGCAAGGAAGACACUGCCCCACACUCCUCGGACUCCAGCGACUGCUCCUCCCUCCAUAAGAAAGCCAAGAGCAAAGGGCAGGAGAGCACCUCAGUGCCACCCAAAGUCCCAUCUUCCUCCACCUCCUCAUCCUCCUCGUCUUCCUCCAUCACAGCAGCCGGCAGUGCCAAGACUAAAGAGGAGGAGGUGGCUAAAGAGGAGGUAGUGGGACCAAAGGAUGCAACAGGCUCCACUAACCUGUUUGAGAAGUUUCUGUUAAACUGUGAAGCCAAGGACCGUGUUCCCCGCAGGCAGGCAGUUCACCCGCCGUCCUCCACAGACAGUGGCAGCAGCAAAUCCGCAAAGCUCAUUGGGAAGAUUGAGAAGAAGACCAAGACGACCAAAGAGUCACCAGCUCAGAAACCAGAGCCUGAGAAGAUGGAGAGGACCAAGCAAUCUGAUGCCUCUAAACCUGGCCAGAGUUAUGGCUUCAGCCUCGACAAUGAUGAGAGGGAGGCAGAGGAAUUUACUCCAAAAUCGAGGUUUGGAGAGGAUUCCCGGGAGCGGAGGGACAGGCCGGAGGAGGCGCAGCGGUCCAGCUGGGAGAGGAGAACCCCCACCGAUGACAGAAGGAAGAGGAGGGAAGACAGCGAGCCUAGACUCUUCAUGGCCUGCGAUGACAAUCCAGAUACCCAAGACCCACUAGAGGGCACCGACAAGUCAGAGAAGGGCCAAGCCACUUUGAGUCUAGGAAUGGACCUCAACCUGGACUGGAUGACAUUGGAGGACUUCCAGAAACAUCUGAAUGGAGAGGAUGAGAUCCUCUCAGGUCCACCAUUAUCACCUAGUGAGUUACGGGAUGCAGUCAAGAGUGGAGAUUACAUGUCUGUAAAACUUGCACUCAAUUCCAAAGAGGACUACAAUCUGGACCAAGAGGCGUGUGCUAUUGACGACAAGAGAUCGUUUGAAGGAGAGAAGAGCUUGAUUGAGGAGAGAAGUUCGAGUGAUGCUCUUAGAUUGACUCUCAACCUUGACAGUUCAAGAGAUGAGGAGAGUACUCAUAGAGUACAAGAGAAUAUCCAAAUCUUGCAAGAUUUGGAUGGCCCAAGAGAUGACGAGAAAAUGCCAAAAGUUUUUGCCAGUACAAACACUGAGCACAUGACACUGAGGGAGAAUGAAAAUAUUCCAAAAAGAGGGAGGAACAAUAACGAGUGCAGAAAUACUGCUAGCUCUUCAACUAAUUUCGGUCUAAAGCACGAAAGAUUCGAAGAGGAAGGUGAAAUACCAGAAGGCACAAAGGCUGGUUCAUUAAGUGAAAGACAAAGUUUGCAGAUGAAAGAUGAAAGUCCAAGCACCAAUGCAGAAAUAAUAGUGACAGGAGAAGAGAAGAGCCCACUAAGUGAAGAUAGGGGGUUAGAUGUGGAACAGAAGCAAAUGGACAAUGAACCGAGCUCCAUUGAGGAAGGGAAUGACUCAAGUGAUGAGGCUGAGGACAUGGAGGGAGGUCAUUCAAAUGGCACAGAUCAUGUCCUGUCUGAUAAAGACACUACAAGUAACCAAUCAGAGGUGGGCUCAGAGGAGCUUGCAAAAACACAGUCAGGCCGCCACAAGAAAGUUGAGGAGAGGAAACAACCGACACGCUCAAGCUCAAGGACCACUAAGAAAGUGCUUGUUACAACAGCCAGUAAAGUGGAUGAUGACAAGCAAGAGUCAUGCAAAAGGCACUUCUGCUUAUACUGUAAAAUGGCUUUCACCCAGCUUACAAAGCAUUUGGAAAGGAAACAUGCAGAUGAAACAGAUGUUGCCCAUGCAGUACACUUUCCUAAAGGCUCAAAAAUCAGACAGACCUUGCUUGAUCAAAUCCGCAAUAAAGGAGAUUAUGAACACAACUGCCAAGUUCUCAAAAGUGGAGAGGGGGAGAUUGUGACAAAGAAACAGGUAAAAAAUCCUAGCCUAUCUGUUCGUGACUACCUGCCCUGCCAGCACUGCUUCGCUUUUUACCGCAAAACUGAUUUAUGGAGACAUGAGCGGUCAUGUAAGGCAAGAAAAGGAGAUCAAAAAUCCUCUGAAAAAACAAGAAAAGGCAGAGUACACAGUGCUGCCUCUCGACUGCUUCCAAUGUCCGAGUUCUUAACAGGCGGCUGUGAAGAAAUCAUCCACAUCAUGCAUCAAGAUGAUAUUUCAAGGCAUGUCAGAAAUGACCCUCUUAUUUGCAAAUAUGGCAAUGCACUAUCUGCCAAGCAUGACCAUGACAAGUCUCAGUUUGCUUACAUUGCACAAAAAAUGAGGGAACUUGGUAGAUUUGUUCUUGCUGUGAAUGAGCUUGACAGUAGUGUGCAAUAUUUGCAUGAAAUAUGUCUACCAUCCAAAUUUGAGUUGGCUGUUGAAGGGGCCAAGAAAGUUAGUGGUUUUGACCCAAGCUCCAGUAAGUUUAAAACAGUUUCACUGGUCUCUAAGAUUGGUUACUCUUUGAAACGAGCUGCAGAAAUAGCUUUUGGGGAGAGUCGCAUGACCGAGGAUAGUGAAACUGAGGGCCAAAUAAAAAAGUUCAUACAGCUUCUUGAUACAAAAUGGAAUGACAGUUUUUCUCGAAAAGCUCUCAUAGCUGCCUCCCAAAAGCAAGAUAUCAAGAAAGUGGAACUAGACAAAUCGACUCUGACAGAGGAUUUGAUCAGACUACACAAAUUUAUCAGGAAGGAAGGAGAUGAAGCGAAGAAGGAGUUACAAGAAAAUCCUAGUUUGUCAACAUGGAAAAAGCUCAGUGAGGCCACUCUUGCAGAGGUGUUUCUUUUCAACAGAGGACGAGUAGGAAAUAUCGGUAGAAUGCUUCUGCAAACUUACUGCAGCAGAAAGAAUAAGACAACAUUUGUGCUAUCUGCAGAUCAAAUAAUGAAAAGCACAAAAUUGGAGUUAGACCUGGGUGACAGUUUCACCAGAUUGGAACUAGAAGGUCAGUGUGGCAGGAACAUGCUGGUUCUCCUAACUGAGAGGAUGGUGGUGUCAAUUGAUUUACUCAUUGCGAAUCGAGAGCAAGCUGGUGUGUCAAAAGAUAAUCCUUACCUCUUUGCACGGACUGAAGGGCCAUCCUUCAUCAGAGGAUUGGACUGUUUCAGAAGGGCUGCAAAUGAAUGUGGAGUUAAAAAUCCAGAGGCCCUUAUGUCCUCAUCAUUAAGAGAGCAAAUUGCCAGCUGCUGGCAGCUAAUGAGCCUCAGUGAAAGUGAAUUGGAUCAAGUGGCCAAGCUGGUGGGAAGGAACAGUCAGGACUGUUAUAGACUCUUGGAAAACCCAUCACAGUUGGAGGAAGUGAGCAAGCAACUCCUUAAGUUGGAGCGAUCGCUGAGUUCAAAUCCUCCUACCACUACAGGAGAUGGAACAGUCCGAAGGACUGCUACAAAGAAAAAGGCAUGGAGUGCGAAGGAACAGGCUGCAGUGAAGCGUUACUUAGGUGAAUUCAUCAAAAUUAUGAAGGUCCCAGGUAAAAAGGAAUGCAACGCUUGCAUAGCCGCCGAACCAGCUUUGCUUGGCAGAUCUUGGACAGACGUCAAAAGUUAUGUACACAAUACAUUGCAGACAAUAAGAAAGAAAUAUUACCAGGGUAAAUCUGAUGGGAACACCAAUGUUUUGAAGCCAAAGAGUCUAAAAGAAGAAGCCCAAACAAGAAAGAAAGAGCUGGCUGAUAACAAAGACACUGUUUGUAGUAUGACAACAGCACAGCCAACUGACUUUAUAGAAAAUACAGCAAUGAGUCUUGCAGCUACACCAUUUGCUCAAGAGAUGACUUCAUUGGUUUCAGGGUAUGGGCCCAUGGGUUCUACAAGUACAGAUAUGGCCCAUACAAAUCAACCAAUGAUGUCUACUUUCACACCAUUGAAUGCCACUGAUACCUCAGUGGUUCCCACGUUUACUCCACAGGACCCUACAAGUACACCGAUGCCCCCAGCGUACACAACACAAAACACUAGAAGUACACCAAUUUCUCCUGUGUAUACACCACAGAACACUACAAGUAUGGCACUUCCUCCUGCAUAUACACCACAAAACACUACAGGUACACCAAUGGUCCCUACUUUUAGCCCCCUCAAUGCUCCAAGCACACCAAUGGUUCCUACAUUCACACCACUGAAUGCUCCAAGUACACCAAUGGUCCCCACUUUCACACCACUAAACGACAGAGGUCGGCCUAUGGUUUCUUCAUUUACACCAUUGAAUCAUUCAGGUACACCAGCAUACCCCACAAGCCCACCCAGGGCCUCUACAACUACGCAGGUUGUCCCAACAAUCCACACACCCAUGGUUCCUGACAGAGCACCAGUGGCACAGACAGGUACACCCAUGCCCCCUACAGGAGAACAAGCAACUCCUGUAAAGACUCAAAAGCGAACCAAGAGGUUAUGGAGCGAGGAGGAACAGGCAGCAGUGAAGCGCCAACUCGGAGACUUUUGUAAACUGGUUAAAGUGCCAGGCAAAAAGGAAUGUGACGCAUGUUUAUCUGCCGAACCUGCGUUAAGGAGCAGGACAUGGAGAGAAGUCAAAUACUAUGUGCACAAUACAAUUCAGUCAAUGAAAAGAAGAGGCGGUGCACUCACCCCCAAGCGCAGUGGAGGACAAGAUCCGGAGAUCAAUAAUUCAAGCACGGAGUGGGAUACUCCUGUUUAUCUGUCCCUGUAAAUAUUUUUCAUGAACUUGCUAGAAAACAUUUCAGUGAUGGGCAGAAAGAGGAGAGAGCGGUUGUGUUAACCUUGAAAUGUAUGGGGCUUUUAAAUUUGGCAGAUGUGAAUUAUGUUGUGUACUAUGAACAAAAUUUGGUCUCACCUGGACCUUAGCCAAAGGAUCCUUGGCCUAAGGUCUUUCAAGGACUGCUCUGCCUUUUAAGUCACUCAUUUAAAAAGGUGCUGAAGGAAUAAGGACUCAAGUACAUUGGACCAAACUAUUGGUAUACUCUUGCAUGAAUAUACACAUAACAAAAUGGGUGGAGCUAAGGACAAUUGUAGGUUUGGCUCAAAAAAUGGCAGAUAUUUAUGUUAGAUAUGAUUCCGUUGCGUUUGUGUAACAGCCAGUUUGUUAAGUCAUGACAAAUACUCACUAGGAAGGAAUUUGAUGUAGAGUUGUGAUUAUGUAUUAAACCUAAACCUUAUUUGCCAGUGUGGGAAUUGCAACUAGACAAUUGCUAGUUAAUUGUGGAUGGUUAAGUUUGUACCCAUUCCCAGCCGUUGUGGCAAGUUUUCAACCAGGCUUUCAGAAUCUCAAACACUUUGGAAAGUUAAAGUGGCUGCUUAACUAUUUUGGACUCUCUUGCUACUUUGGACAGUGGUUGAAAGAGUUUGUUUUGAGCCCCCCACUUAAAAAAGUGACCCUAAUGGCUGUACAUUUCCAGAGGAGUUUCUACUGUUCUCUCCUUCCUAAUUGGACACAUAUCUAGUUGUGUCAAAAUCUUUGUGGAAUUCUGCCUAUACUGUUUGUGUAGCAUUUUUAUGCCUUUUGAUUAUUGAAACACAAAUGGAAAAAGUACAAACCAGCAUAUCUUUGCAGCCACUCCCUCCAAAAUCAUAGUUGUACGUAGACUGCUUUAUUUGGUUCCCAAAUGUCUGGCCUAUGUGUACUAUAUUCCCGCUCUAGCCAGUAGCCUACAUUGUAGAUGGCCCCUAAUAGCCUGCAGCAGUAAUGGCAGAUGUUCUCAGCUGAUGUUAGAUAAUUAGGAGCUCCAUGUGUAUACCUCUCACUGAAUCAUUGAAAAUUGCUUUUUCUUUGAUAAUCUUCUUGAUAACUGAUUUUAUUUUAUUCAUUUUUUCCAUUUUAAUGUUUUUCAUGUGUAGUAAUAAGCUGCAGAAAGUUUGGUUUUAUUUUUGUAUCACUAUACAGCAGCUGUUUAGAAGCCAUUUAUUGUAUUUUCUGUAAUAAUCUCCUUAGGGGAAAAUACACAAUAUAAGCCUCAUUUUCUUACCUUGUUUUAACUUUAAUCUGGAUGUUGGUAACACCUGCAACAUAGUGUCAUUGCAUAGUCAAGCAUAGUUACCAAAAUUAAGCUGCCUUAUUUUGUUGACCAUUUGCCAUGUUGGCUAUUUUUAUUUUAUUUUAUUUUAGUUUUUAUUUUUUAUUUUUUAUUUUUUAUUUUUGCAAGCAAGGAACCAAGCACUAACCACCAGCUAACUUGGGCUAAAUUUAGUCAGUCAGUGGCCCAACCACCAGCUAGCUUCUGGUGAAUUUAGUCAAUUGGUUGUCAACUCUAUCAGACAACUUGGGAAAUAAACCUUGAUUUUUUUUUUUUUUUUUUUUUUUUUUUUUUUUUUUUUUAAAUGAUGAUGACAGUUAAAUUGAACAGACAGUAAAAGAGUUAUUAAAUUCACUACACAAACAAAAAGAGAAGGGAAGGAUUUAGAUUAAAGCAUCUAAGUAAUAUGUCUUUGGCUGGAAUGGUGAAAGUGGAUGGUGAAUUGAGGAGUAUACUUUGUUUCACCAUGUUUUUUGUUAACUUAAGAUAUAGAGUAGUGCCCCCACCCCCAGUAUCUUAAAUCAGCACUUAGGCUAUCAAAGGGCACUUUGUGUCACAUUUGGUACCACCAAUUGCUGGCCUGAUGUGACGUUUGUUACAAAUCAGUGUCACAGUCAAACAGCACAAGCAAGGCCUAUAGCAUUUCCUAAUGUAGCCUAGUUCUGAUGGUCUCACAAGUGAACCUCUCCCUUAUUUCUGUGUUACUGUAUGUACAGUAGGUGGGAUCAUGUUCCUGAAGCAAUUGUGCUAGGAAAAUUAGUCAGUUCAAGGUUUACAAAUGAUGUAUGAUCAUUCAGAUGAUAUCAUGCCAUUGGGUGUUGCAAAUUACAAAUUUUGUUUCCUGUAUAGUAUACAGCUUAUUUCAUUGCUCUUGUAUAAGCACACUGUGUGUUGCACUUCCUCCUGUUGUAAUCAUCUUGCCUUCAGUUAAAGCUUCUCAUAUUGUAUGGAACCUAUAACUUCUGCUUGGACAAUAAAAUGCUUCUUGGCUUAAA